AUGCUUUUUGAUUGGUCAAAUAUUGAUGGAAGAUAUGUGACUUCGAUUGGUAUAUUUGGCCGUAUAAAAUGUAUUCAUACAAAAGGAGGCGUAAGGAUCUACAUGGCAGCAGAACAAGCAAACGACUCUGCACUCCAAAAAGACAAUAGAUCAUACUCAGCAAGCUAUCUUUCAUUCAACCUGGCAUGCAUUCUUUUUACGGUUCUGUUGUGUGAGCUGUGGAAUGAAGAUCCUAUAUUUGAACUACAGCCAUUCAGGUUGCUAUUAACAUUUAUAUUUGCUGCCAUACCGCUCGUCAGCGGAAUACCUGUACUAAAAAGUGUCUCACAACCAAUUAACGCUUGUUCAUCCAUAGCUACCAUUAUUAUGUGUCUUUUGCUAAUAUAUGGCAGCCUGCAUGAUAAGUAA